UUGACCGUAAGUGUGGGUCCCAAGCCAUAAACGUGCCGGAGCGACUGCGACAACAUUGGACAUUGGCGGAUUGUGGACUAAUAGCAGCAACGCGCAUGGAUUUGGACUUGUUGCAUAUUUGACCAAGUCGGUACUAAUUUGAAUCAAGCAGAUUCAGACAUUUAACGCUGUAUGUAGCCUACUUGGGGAGUUAAAAGAAAUUUUUGCCUGCGUACUUUUGAAGACGUCUUGGAUAAUUUACACGGUGGAGCGACUUUGGGAACUUUACGCACGGAGAAUACGCACAAACUUUAAUAACAAAUGACAGCGCAGUGGUGGUUUGUUGCUUCAUCACAUUGUUCCAUUUACUUCAAUAGUGCUGAUACACUUCAGCAGCCGCCUAUUCUGGUCAGACAAGGGGAGUGAAGGCCCUUGUGUCCCUCUGCCACCUGUCCAAAAUGUGUGGUGGAGGCAUAUCCAUGUCCCUCGCCAUAAUUGUCACUUUACUUUUGGUGAUUAUUGACGUAAAAGCCACCGGUGAGUAUUGUCAUGGCUGGCUAGACUCCCAAGGAGCGUGGAAAGAAGGCUUUCAGUGUCCGGAGAAGAUAGAUGCAGCGGACGCGAUCAUCUGCUGUGGAAAAUGCGAGCUGCGCUACUGUUGCUCCAGCACGGACGCACGGUUGGACCAGGGCAGCUGCGAAAACGACCGGCAAACUCAGGAACCCAACACCGACAAUAAAGAGAGCAAGGAUUCGGGGGCAGUGCCCAUCUACGUCCCCUUCCUCAUUGUGGGCUCAGUGUUCGUUGCUUUCAUCGUAGUGGGGUCCGUGGUGGCAGUGUGUUGCUGCCGCUGCCUCCGUCCCAAGCAGGAGCUGUCGUCAGGGGCGACGGGAGGCGGGGCCAGCGGGGGGCGCCUGUUGGAGACCAUCCCCAUGAUGUCCAGCACCAGCACCUCCAGAGGCUCAUCGUCCCGUCAGUCCAGCACGGCCACAUCAUCCAGCUCUUCUGUCCCGGCCACUGCCCCCCGCCCCGCGCCUCCUCCCCUCAUGAGGGCUCAGGCAUCCUGCUGUCUGCCCCCUGACGCCAGUGUCUUCGUCAACAUGCCCACCAACUUCUCUGUGCUGAACUGCCAACAGGCCACGCAGAUAAUGCCUCAUCAGGGACAAUUUUUGCAUCCACAGUUUAUUGGCUACGCUCACCCUGUUUCCCCUACCCCCACGUUCAUCGACUCACAGGGGGGGUAUAGGCAGCUUCAGUCCCCCCUCCCUCCACCCAAUAUGGUAUCCAGUGUUACCAAUGACCAGAAGUUCCCCCCAGUUACAGUGUGAGGGGCUACAGUUGUUUCAUAGACCUCUAACAUGAAGGACUUGUGUAUAAAGCCAUUAUGUGUAGAGUGAGACUAAACUCUGCUCUAUAUUGUGCCUGUAACUAUGGACAAAAUUCAGUCUUGAUUCAUGGGAAAUACUGGGGUCUAAUGCAGACUACAGCCCAAACAGUCCAAAAGUGUGAGUGCGUGACGAUGUGGGAGUAUGAAAAAAAGAUUUGUUGGCUCAUGGCUGUAGUGUGAGUGAUGACUGAAUGAUUUAUAGCUCUAAAAUGUACUCAGAGUGAAUAUUCAAGCCCAAAAACGUUAUGACCACAUGCUGUGCUAAUGCCAUGUGCACAUCUGCACUUGUGAAUGCACGUGAAGGGGUAUGUUUUUUUUGACGAAUGAGGAACAAAAACAUGCUAAAAUGUUUGUAAUGUACGGGUCUGGAUGUGGAGCCUUGGCCUGAAGGGGGGUCUCCCUGUGAGUGGACUGUGUGUAAUGCAAAAUGCAGGUGGUGCGAUGUGAAAGGCAGUUGCCAUUUCCCUAAAGACCAUUUAAAGUCUAAUGAAGUGAGCACAGGACAUAGACUGUGACGCUCCACCCCACAGCUCUCCAACCAAAAAGUUUUUUUUUUAAAAGUGUCCCACUGCUCUGAAUGGAAACAUCAAACCAAAUGUUCAUGUACAUGUUGGGAGGAAAUGUACCUAUAAAGUGAGACAGUGAGUGAGUAGGGCGAUUACUACAGAUUAAACCUAAUUAAAGCAACUUUGACUACCCCAACCUUUGAUGCCAGGUGUGUGCAUGUGUAUCCAACACUCCCACAGUUGAGUGACUUAGCUGAGAGCAUAGGCUGGGCACCUCUGAACCAAUGUAAAAAUUUAGAGGGCAAGGACACUACUUGGAUGGUAGAAAUUGUGCAAAACUGUGGUUUUGGUACUCUUCAGUGCAGGGACAAGUCUUUAAAAAAAAAAAAAAAAAAAAAAACAUUACCGCUCAAAAAGUACAAAAUGAUUAAAAAAGUCUUUAUUACCUACCUGCAAUAUGAAAAAUGGUAAUAAAGACUUUUAAUUUUGGGUGCGCCUCAUUUUUUUUUUCAACUUUACAUCUGAACUAAUAUUUCCAGGAAAAGGUGAACAAAACCAGCUCAAUAUUUGAGGCCAUGUUAUACACUGUUAGGCAGCAGGGAUUUGUGACUGCUAACUCUGUAAUAAUGUUCCAUUGAAACCUGGCAGUCUGUGUACCUCAUCUGUCCCCCAAACACAUUGUCUGAGGCAGCUGUGAAUAGGAUAAGCAUUUCUGUAUAAUGUUGAGAACACCAUGUGGUCCAACUUUGCCAUGGACCUGUUGCUGAAGUUUUUAUAUAAAUUAAAAAAUAAAAGAUUUUAAAACAGGA